AUGCGAGCGAAUCCCGAUAGGCCGCCGGCCUCACCCUGGCUGAUCAGCAUGCAGAGUGAGAAAGGCAAAGCGCCAACAGGCAGCAGGGUUGGAACAGGCCCAGCGCCAUGGACCAGAUCCUUCCGCCGCCGCCUCCUCCCCUCUUUGUCCCAGGACCCGGCGGGCCUCUCAAGAGCUGCGGAAUACGAUGUUGUGCGAGAGGCGCGCAGCCAGCGAGGACAGGAUGGACUGGGUCGAAUCCUCGACGGUAUCGACCCCUUGAACGGUGUAACUCGAAGGGUGGACGGAAAGCACCAACGGGCGGUCCACACUGUAAUCGCCCCGUGA